CACCGCUUGAAUGUCACGAUGAUUACGAUGGAGCGAAAUGAGGAGAUUGAUUGAAUAUAUGAUAGCUAGAAAGGGAGGAGACAGGUUGCCAAGGUGAAUGUAGACUACGUUAUUCUAGCCCUCAUUACCAAAUAGCGCUCGUAAUUGCCGCUCGUCGUUCAUGAAAGGCGAUACCAAGGAACCAGAGGAUGUUCGCGUGGAACGGAGGCGUAGCAUCACUCACUGAAUGGCUGCAUGCUGUAGGGAUGGAGAGGAAGUCAUUUGCGCUCAAGGCAACAGAUCAAAAACUUUAUGAUAUCUGUAUUUACUUUAUUGAUAAAUACAUCCGAAACACCUUGGUUCACCUGUUUCUCUUGCUGUCAUAAACUGUGAGCUCCAUUUCACGCCAUUUCAAUGGAACGGAGCGAGUACUGUCUCUGAGUUCAGUUCAUCAGGAUAACCUAUCAGGACGCAAGGAGACGCACUGGCAACAAAGCGUAACAUCAGUAGUACUCCAUAAAGGUGCUAAAAUCCAUUGUCUGGGGUUCAGCGCACCAGAGGGGGGACUCGGAACGCCUCGGAACCUCACGGAACCCAGCGUGAGUGUGUAGAACCCCUGGGUCUGGCCCUGUGUCCUGGAGGAGGCAGCUGUGGGACAGACUGACACGUCACGUGGCGCUGCUCUGCCUGACCCCCUAUACAGGCCUCACCCCUCAGAGGGCCCACUCAGUCUGCCUGGUGUGGAGAGGAGCAGGCCCUCAACCUCAGUGGGAAGGAGGAGUAGUGCUCUGUGUUUUUUUGUGAUCAGAGUUUCCUAAGCGGUGAUUUUUCAGGAUACCUGGACGGUGGAUGUGAUUUAGACUAUGAGUUUUGCAGUGAGACUGGAGUGAGAAUGUAGAAGAUCACCUUGUUUUACCUCUGAAGAACAACAGAACAUCUGAUUUGAAGUGACCUGCAGGCUGGAAAACAACUGAUAAUACCUGGCCUUUGGACUAGAGAAGAGCCUCUGAGACAGUGCUGUUGUUGUGUGUGUGUGUGUGUGUGUGUGUGUGUGUGUGUGUGUGUGUGUGUGUGUGUGUGUGUGUGUGUGUGUGUGUGUGUGUGUGUGUGUGUGUGUGUGUAAGCACACUAGACACCCAGUCCUCUUAACAGAAUCAGGGCUGUUCUGUCACACUGAUAUAAGAGGAUUACAACUCAACAGAAGACUACACAUUCAACCAAACUCCUCUGGAGACUGGAGCCCUAUCUUUCUCUUGAAUGUUUUCCCUUGUCUCCUCAGUGGCAGCCAGUGCUAUUUGAUUUAACGUAUCUUCCCAAGUCUAGUUGGCUCCUCAUUUCACGCACCUCGGUAGUUCCAAGUCAACUAGUUCCUCAUCACCAUGGUGAUGUCCCAGGGCACGUACACCUUCCUGGCCUGUUUCGCUGGGUUCUGGUUGGUGUGGGCUCUCAUCGUCAUGCUGUGCUGCUUUUGUAGCUUUGUCCAGCGUCGUCUGAAGAGGAGGAGGGAGGAGAGGCUGAGGGAGCAGUGUCUAAGGGCCCUGGAGAUGGAGUCACUGGAGUGCCUGGGCACUGCGGGGUUGGCUGGGUACCCUCCAUCCAGAGAGCCCCUCCAGUUCUGCCCCCCGCUGACCCUCUCCCCACCGCUGCACAUUCCCCUAUCCCUCCCCCAGGGCAGCUGGGCCUCCCCACAAGAGACGGACGUGUUUGGGAAGCCCCCCUGCUACGAGGAGGCUGUUCUGAUGGAGGACCCCCCUCCCCCCUACUGUGAAGUGUUGGCUGACAGCCGGGGGGGCACCUACACCAAGCUCACCCCCCAGGCCUCCAGGCUGCAGCAGCAGGAGCCUGAGACCUCCAAGACUCCCCCUGUCACAGUGUUCUCUGAGCGGGGCUACUCCUCCUUGAUCCGCCUGCCCACCGCCCGACGCUGGGACUCCCUGGGUCACCUGCUCUCCACAAUGGACCUCAACCACAACACCCUCCCCUCGGAGCCCCUCUCUCUGCAGGCCCAGGCCACCGUCACCAUGCCCCGCGAGGGCCGGACUCACACACACCCAGAGCUAGGGCUGAGAAGUAUCCAUGGUCUCCAGGGGCUCAGGGGGCUAGAGCAGAGUUGUGGCUUGCCCACAGCCUUCCCUCUGCUGGGUCGCAGCACAGCCGUGUAGGCCUGACUAACCCUCCUGGAGGUGGGGGUCAGACUGGAGCUAAGGACACUUGGUUGAGGUGGAGAGGCGUUGGGUUGGGUUUGAGGAGUUGCAUCUGGGUUGUAGAGUUGGACUAAUGAUGAAGGGGAUAGAGGAGGAGAAAUGUCCUCCAGACUCCCAGCCGCCAGAGGUGUUGACAGAGUGAGAUGGGACACCCUUUCUAAAGAUGGUCUCUCUUCCCAGCCUUCCUCUCAUCCUCCCUCCAUUAUCUGUCUCUCUCUCUCCCUACAUUUCUUUCUAUUCUCUAUAUCUCUGUAGUUGUGUUGAUCUCUCUAUUCUCUGCAGCGUCGCAGCCUGAUGCAGAGCAGCUAUUAUAUGAGUCUGCUGUUGCCAUAGCUCCCUGGAACUGUCUGUUGCCCAUGACACCUUGGGCCCCUAGCGACCUCUCCUCCUCGCCAAAUUUCUAAAGACAUUUUCAUAGCCUUUCUUUGUAUGACUGCAGGUUGAAAGAGGGGGAACUCUUUAAUGACCUGCAGUAGCUCUGUGUUGCUGUUUCUCUUGAUGUAUAGUAUGUACAGUGAAGGACCAAGAAAGACAUGUUGGGGCAUUCAGCCCAAGUAACUAUCGCCCUGCUCGAACCAUUACAAUGUGCAAUGGAAACUCUGUUUUGUAUCGAAAAAGCUCUUCUUCAGCAUUACUGUCAUAUCUUCAAGAUGUUCUGAAGUGGACUAUGAAUAUCAAUUUGAUAACCCCCAGCUGGGGAUUGUUGCUCCUCAGUGUACAGCAACUGUGUGUGUAUGUGUGUGCCUGCGUGUGUCUGUCUGUGUGUGUGUGUAUGUGGUUGCUAUCUGUCCACGAGGGAAGUGUUUUAUCAAGAUUGUGAUUGUAAAUCCAUUUCUUUCUUUCUCUCCCUCCGUCAUUAUCCCUCUGUCUUACUCUCAAGCUACUCAUCAGGCUAGAUGUCGCUGGGAGACGCUCUCCUUCGCAUUGCCAUGGGGGUGCUACAGUACAUAUAGCAGACACCAUCACAGAAAAUGUAAUCUGUCAUGGUAGAAAAACAAAGCUAUCACCAUGCACCAAGCAAUUGCAGAGAUGGGAUUUCUGUUCCUUUUCCUGAUUUAAAAAAAAAAAGUUUAUUCAGCUAUGAAAUGCUUUUGCAGGGGGAAUGGAAUCUAUCCAAUCCUGACCUCCCUUACUACCCUGUUAAGCCUAUUAGGAACAGUGUUACCACCAAGGUCCACCGCUUUGUUAUUAGCUGUUAUGUAACCCAAUUCAAUCACAUUACAUAAUCCACUGAAAUUAAUGGAGUAUUUGAUGGCCUGGGCUUACUUGGCAGUACCCUUGAGAUGCUCGGACAAAUUAGGAAGCUUGUCAGUGCAAAGCUGAAGUGCUGUCCUCAAGGAGCUUAUAUAAAUGUAGAGAUAGGGAACAUACAGUACCCAACGCCAGGAGAGAGAGAGAUGAGAGGGAGAGGGAGAGAAUGAGAGAACUACUUGAGGCCAUGAGAUAAUGUUAUUAUUGAGAGGUAAAAAGUAUUUCAGUUUGAAUCUAUACAGACAGUGCCACAGUUUGUCCUGGGUUCUAUUGAUAUAUUAUGGUAGUUUGUUGUUCUGUGUAACAUAGCAUUGAGACAUCCAUUAAGUUUAUUUUGGAUGCUGUAACGGCUCUCGUCGAAAGGAGUGGACCAAAGCACAGCGUGCAAAGUGUUCAUGAUUAUUUUAUUUUAAAAAACACACAAACAAAAUAACAAACGUGAAAACGAAAGCGCACAGUUCUGUCAGGCAGAAACACUAAACAGAAAACAAGAUCCCACAAAACCCAAAAGGAAAAUGACAACUUAUAUGUGAUCCCCAAUCAGAGACAACGAUAGACAGCUGCCUCUGAUUGGGACACACACACACACACGCACACACACACACACACACACACACGGCCAAAAACAAAGAAAUAUAAAACAUAGACUUUCCCACCCGAGUCACACCCUGACCUAACCAAACAUAGAAAAUAAUAAGGAACUCUAAGGUCAGGGUGUGACAGAUGCUGAUAUUUAAGAUUUUUUUAACCAAAAGUAUAGUCUACAGCAGGUAUUCCCAAACUGGGGCAAUGCUGUCGGGGUACGCCAAAUAAAAAUGUGUUUCGCAUUUUAUUUAAAUACAUUUAAAAAAUAUAAUUUUCAAACAGUCCAUUUAUAUUUUCCAACUUGGCUAUAUGAGUGUAUGGGUGUAUGGGUGGGUAUAUGGGUGAGGUUUUUUUAUCGCCUGAGUAGCCUCGUUACACUGCCAAUUUUUUUUUUAACCAUCUAGUGUUAAGCGAAAUAACAACACAAUGUCAAAUACAUGUAGCCUAGUCAAAUAAUUAACAUCCAAUCACAUUAACCGUUACUCUCUCGCGGGAAUUCCACUAACGGUCCGUAUGUAGCCAAACGUAGCUGCUGCUCAUUCCGUUUGCUCGAAAAUUGAUAAAUGGUUAAAAAAAGUAGUACUACUACUAAAAAGCAGUACUACACCUGCACUACACCUGCACCUGUCGACGACAAGUUGUUCUGCUUCCACAAGCACAUCCAAUGCUAGCGUCAGUAAUUCUACAUUUGUUGUUAGCCCAGCUAGCAUGGACACUGACAGUUGUGAAUCUGAUGCACCCGAAGAGCUACUGCCCCCUUACCUAGGAAAGCACCGAACAACAGACAGGUACGUUGGACCAUCAAAGAGGCACAAAUAAGAUGAGAACUACAUUGAUUUGAGGUUCACUUAUAUUGGGAGUAGCCACAGUGUGUUAUAUGUGCAAAAGUACUAUCUCACAACUCGAUUAAACCUUCACUCUUGCGCAGACAUUUAGAAACAAAACAUGGCCAUUUCAAAAAUAAGCCAUAGGAGUUUUUUUGAGCGAGAAUUAAGAUGACUUUUAAGUAUUAAGACAUGUAUAAAAGCAACAGACACCAUUAAUAAGAAGGGGCUAGAAGCAUCUUAAAUGGUGAGCUACCGAGUGGCUAGGACAGGAAAGCCCCAUACUAUUGUGGAGGACAUAAUUCCUGCUGCCCCAGAUAUGGCUGGGACAAUGCUGGGGGAAAAGGCCCCAAAAACUAUAGAGACAAGGUCUUCAUCAAACAACACUGUUUCACGACGCAUCAGUGACAUGGCAGGAGAUAUCUGUAAAGAUGGCGCAAAAGCUAAGACAGGGAGACAUAGUGGAGUGGUAAUGCGCGUGCAAGCAGUGGCUCCCGACGCCACUCGGGUACAAUGCAGCAUCCACCGAGAGGCUCUUGCUGCCAAAGGAAUGCCUGACAGCUUGAAAUACGUUUUGGACACUACAGUGAAAAUGGUUAACUUUGUUAAAGCAAGGCCCCUGAACUCUCGUGUAUUUUCUGCACUAUGCAAUGGUAUGGGCAUCGACCAUAUAACGCUUUUACAACAUACAGAAGUGCGCUGGUUAUCAAGGGGCAAAGUAUUUACAUUUUGUUUUUAAUUGAGAGACGAGCUUAAAGUUUUCUUUACUGACCAUAAUUUUCACUUGUCUGACUGUUUGCAUGAUGACGAGUUUCUCACAGGACUGGCCUAUCUGGGUGAUGUCGCCUGAAUGAUCUGAAUCUAGGAUUACAGGGACUUUCUGCAACUAUAAUCAAUGUGUGGGACAAAAUUGAGGCUGUGAUUAAGAAGUUGGAGCUCUUCUCUGUCUACAUUAACAAGGACAACACACAGGUCCAUCAUUGUAUGAUUUUUUUGUGUGCAAAUGAACUCAAGCUUACAGACAAUGUCAAAUGUGAUAUAGCGAAUCACCUGAGUGAGUUAGGUGCACAAUUACAGAGGUACUUUCCCGAAAUGGAUGACACAAACAACUGGAUUCGUUAUCCCAUGCCCUGCCUCCAGUCCACUUACCGAUAUCUGAGCAAGAGAGCCUCCUCGAAAAUGCAACAAGCGGUUCAGUGAAAAUGGAAUUGAAUCAGAAGCCACUGCCAGAUUUCUGGAUUGGGCUGCACUCAGAGUAUCCUGCCUUGGCAAAUCACACUGUUAAGACACAGAUGCCCUUUGCAACCACGUACAUGUGAGACUGGAUUUUUGGCCCUCACUAGCAUGAAAACUAAAUACAGGCACAGACUAUGUGUGGAAAAAGACUGAGACGCUUUCCAAUACAAUCCAACAUUGCAGAGUUAUGUGCAUCCUUUCAAGCACACCCUUCUCAUUAACCUGUGGUGAGUUAUUCACAUGUUUUGAUUAACAAAUAAGGUUUUAUAUGUAAGAUGGCUAAGUAAAGAGAAAAAUGAUUGAUUAUUAUUAUAUUAUUAUUUGUGCCCUGGUCCUAUAAGAGCUCUUUGUCACUUCCCACAAGCCGUGUUGUGACAAACUCACACUCAUUCUUAUGUUUAAUAAAUGUAUCGUAUAGUGUGUGUGUGUGUGGCAGGCUUACAAUGAUGGCAAAAAACAACAUUUGAGAGUGCGCUGACCCUGGUGCUAGAGGGGGUACACAGCUGGAUGUUGAAUGUUUGAAGGGGUACAGGACUAUAAAAAGUUUGGUAACCACUGAUCUACAGUAUAUAGAAAAUUGCAUUGAGACAAUCAUUUGAAGAACUUACAUGCUUUUCUUUUUCAGAACAAUCAAAACAAACAAGUGAAGCUGAUUGUCAUGGCUCCUGAAUGUACUAAUUCAUGCUUUAAGUGUAACUGAAAAUGAACACUAUUUAAUUUGAUGUGUUUCUAUCCAUGCUUAAAGUAUGUUGAAUAUUAUUUUGACAAAGGUUUUGUCUGUUUAAUCACACAACUUGUCACAUACAGUACUCUAUAUUAACUGACAAUUGCCUCCCUGAGCUGUCAUGCAUUGAUUCCAGUUUAUUUCAUUGUACCACGUUUGUUUUGUUUGUGCUGUUUUUAUGUUCUGUCUUUCCUCUCCCCCGCAACAGGAGAAGGAAAAGACAGAGGUGUAUGCCACUGUCCUCCAUCCUCCAGUGGCAUAUGUGUUGCUAGGUAACCACCAGGCCAGAGCUCUAGCUAGCUAGUCUGUUUAGAGUGCAAGGGAACAUCAGCUGUGUGGCCAGUCAGAGCAUACUCAUUCAGAGCACAUUGGGGAUGGUGCACAUGGCUAGGAUACAUGGCUUCUAGCGUAGGACCGGGACUGUCAGUAGUGUCUGACGACUGACAUCCACUGGGUUUCCCUUCCCAGGGCUCGCUAAACACAGUUGGAACUGGAACUUUCUGUCUAGCUGUCAAUGUGACGGCCAUUUUGAGGAAAUUGAUAAAAUGCCCUGAUGGAGUGGACCGUUCCUCCAAUAUUGGAUUGACAUCAUUGUGGGAGAUCCAUCAUUUGAGGAUAUAUCCAAAUACCAUCUAAGGGAGCAUAUCUGUCCAGAUAGGCUACAGAUUGAUUUGACCUAAAGCAAGAAAUGGCCCUGUUAUACUAUGGACUCUCAGUGACUGACAUCCCACACAUACUGUGAAUAUACAAACUGUUUUGCUGUGAAUGAAUGUACAUACAACAUGUAGCAUGUAAAGUAUUCUCUAUACGUCUGACUGCAGGAGCUGUUCUCUGUUAGUCACUCCUACAUCUGCUGCUACUACUGUACUGUAUGGAUGUCUAAAUAAUUGCACUCU